GUGAACGGCUCUUUUUCUGCUGCUAUCCAGCUGUCGACUUCCCACCUCCUGCUAAUUAUUGCUGGAUUGCUCGCUCUUUCCCUUUUUUUUCACAAAUCCCCCUUUGCUUUCCCCUUUCUUUUCUUCCAACGGUCAUCCACACUUGUAAAAAAUGGGUUGCGUCCAAUCUACCGGUGUCGACGACGAAGCAAAGGCCCGCAAUGACGAGAUUGAGAACCAGCUUAAACGUGACCGCAUGAUGGCCAAGAACGAGAUAAAAAUGUUGUUGUUAGGAGCCGGAGAGUCUGGGAAGUCAACGGUACUGAAACAAAUGAAACUCAUUCAUCACGGCGGUUAUAACGAACAAGAACGAGAUUCGUAUAAAGAGAUUAUCUACUCCAAUACUAUCCAGUCUAUGCGUGCUAUUCUUGAAGCUAUGCCUCAACUCGACAUCUCGCUGUCACCGCAAAAUGACGCUCGUCGUGCAGCCAUCCUUGCUCUUCCUCUUCAACUCGAGGGUGACGUCCUUCCCAGGGACGUUGCUGAUGCUGUUCGAGGUCUCUGGCGUGACUCUAGUGUGAAGGAGGCAGUCCGUCGAUCACGGGAGUUCCAGUUGAAUGACUCUGCUGUCUACUACUUCAAUGCUAUUGACCGCAUGGCUGCAGCUGGAUACCUUCCAACGGAUCAGGAUAUUCUCAGAAGCAGAGUCAAGACAACCGGUAUCACGGAGACAACUUUCAAAGUAGGAGAGCUGACAUACAAGCUCUUCGACGUGGGUGGUCAGAGAAGUGAGCGGAAGAAAUGGAUUCAUUGUUUCGAAAACGUGACGGCUUUGGUGUUCUUGGUAAGUUUGAGUGAGUACGAUCAGAUGCUGUACGAAGACGAGAGUGUGAACCGGAUGCAAGAAGCAUUGACGCUCUUUGAUUCAAUAUGCAACUCGCGAUGGUUCGUGAAGACUUCGAUUAUCUUGUUCCUGAACAAGAUUGAUCUUUUUGCAGAGAAGCUACCUCGUUCUCCGCUUGGCGACUAUUUCCCAGAUUACAACGGUGGCGAUAACUACGAUGCUGCAUGUGAAUAUCUGCUUCAGCGUUUUGUUUCCCUAAAUCAGAGCGCUGCUACGAAGCAAAUAUACGCACACUAUACUUGUGCAACAGACACGCAACAGAUCAAAUUCGUUUUGAGUGCUAUCCAGGACAUUCUCCUGCAAUUGCAUUUACGCGAAUGUGGUCUGCUGUGAUUUUCGGAUGUGUUCUUUGACUUUCCACUGUCUUCCCCGUAUAUGCAUCAUCUGCUGCAGCCCUUUAUGUAGCUACUGCACAAGUCUUUCAUUGCAACAGACACUAUCGCGCCCGUCAUCUUGAUUAUAACCCUCUUAUGAUUUUAUUAGUUCAUUCACGAAUGUCUAUCAUUACACGCUUUUGAACAUAGUACAUGGGUUUAGUUUCUUUUUAUUAUCUGUUGUCUUCAUCUUAUAUUUUGAUGGGUGUUUUGAAACCUACUAUACCCAGCCUUUAACGAAUUCUCAUGUAAUGGAUAGCCCAUGUCUUGAUCAUCUGUCGCUCUCUUACUACUCAUCCCUCUUACCAUGUUGGGCAUGCACAGGUAUUGUUGGUGCUGUGCUUAGAUGUCAAUCAAACGCCACCUUUUUUACCUGUUUU